CAUCAAUCUAGGAAUAUGUCUCCUUAUAGGUAUAAAUAUAAUAAUAUAUAAAUAUACCUACAUACCAAGGGUGUUGUAGACGCUUCGAGCACUCGUCGGCAGUACACGCGCAGAGGACUGGAAGAGUGCAUCGCUGGCUCUCUAAACUGAGGACAUGAAAUUUAUUUCUGUUUUACUACUCUUUUCAAUGUAUUCGACGCUUUCUUAUAGUCAAGUUGAUUAUAGCAAGCUGCCUGAAGAUGAUCAACGGAGGCUUAGAGAAGCCGCACUGCUCCUGAACGGAAGCGACAGAUUAUUCCUAGUCGAAGGCGUAAAUGGCGUGUUACGCGGAAACAAUCACAUUUGCUGGUCUUCUUCUCGAAUUUUCGACAAUACUGUACCAGGAUUUCACCAUAAUAUGACCUACUAUACUACCCAGAACAUGAAAUCUACCAAGAGUCCCAUAUUAGAAAGCAGGUUCCCGUACUGGUAUGUGGGAACUGUUGAGAAAGUUCCAACGGUUCUUCUCAAGGUUACAGAUGCGAAAACACGAGAAUUUAAUAUAACUGGUGACUAUCUUAUUUUAGAGACGCAGCCUUCUUGCCUUGUUAUGGGUAUACUUACAGGAAACACGUAUAGCUCCACUUGUUUGCACUGGGUGGCACAGAACGGGUUCUCUGCCAAUCGCACGCUCUGCAAGGAUGUGUUUUAUAAAAAUUGCACAAAUUUAUGGGGCGACUGGUAUUUCUGGCGGGAAAAGUGCACGCCCGACAAUAAACCCAAACCGGCUCACCAAUAAUGAGUCCUUACCUCGAGUGCACAUUAUCAGUGUUAUAUUUUGGAAAUAUUGUUUGAAAUAAAAAUAAAGUUUUAUGA